AGUUCGUUGUGGGCGGUGGAAGGAAAAUCAUUGCGUCGAGCUUUUCUCCAUGAAGUGAAAAGUGAUAGUUGUGUGACGUAAGGGUGUCCCCGAAAUUGAGAAAAAUUUCUUCUCAUUUUUUUCAUUAUCCUUUCUCCCCCCCAUGUAAUUUAAAUUGUCUAUCGUUGAAGAGAUUAGAUGAUAUUUCCACACGACUUUCGGCUAGUGUGUAAUUUUUAUGACUUUAAAUGUUUUUUGAACAUGUUGUGUUGUUAGAAAAUCCAUUUAGCAUGGCAGAAGAAUGUCUUUCGGUGCAAUUUUUUUAAGUUUCCCCAUAAGUGUGCUGUUUUUUCUACAAGCGCUAAUACGUCUAUCUUCAUCAUCACCAAUAAAAAGUGACGAAUACCGAGAGUUUAUUGUAGAUCCGGGGAAGAAUUUAAUUUUGCCGUGCAUUGUGAAUGAUCCUCUGACUGCUAUUUGGAUGAAGGAGGGACACAUUACUAAACCAAAUUGGAUUCGACAGGAAAACGGAUCAUUGCUUAUUGUAAAUAUAACAAUGAAUGAUGCUGGAAAUUAUACAUGUUCCACCGUAAAUGGGACAGCAAGUCUCCCCGGGAAUAUAGCAUCAUCGUCUCUAGAUUACAAAACAUCAAAUGUUCGUGUGAGAACACCACCGGAAGCUGUUUCUUUUUUUGCCGUCCGUGCUUCAACAGUUAUUGCUGUUCUAAUAUGGGAAUAUCCACCGAAAAAGCUCAUUGCAAAUAGUGUUCGGAGCUUCACUGCGGACUUUCGGAGGGUACCAGAGGAAGAUAUUGAAGUGGAUGCCGAUGGGAAUAUAAUUGAGAUGACUGAGACUGAAUGGGAGCAAAUUGAUCCACCCAAUAUUAGUCCCAAUAUUCGACAACUGGAAGUGUAUCAUUUGAUUCCCAAUAAUAGCUAUGAAUUUCGAAUAUGGGCCAAUAACCAUUUAGGUCCUGGGGAAAAGACAUCCGUAACGGCAACAACUAAAUCACAGUGGCAAGAAAAAGAUUUAAUUCGUUUGAUCCUUGUGGACGUUCGAAAUUUCGACACAAGAGCAUGGAUCGUGGCUGUGGCCAUAACAAUGGGUAUCCUCAUUAUCUUGACGAUCGCAACGAGUGCGGUGUUAUUUAGAGAAUGCCACAGUUCUCCGGAAUUCGAUGGGGAUCCUGAUGCAUUGGAAUUAGUACCGAAUAUAAUCCUAAAUCCGGGAUUUUGUGAUUCGGAUGAUCAAGGACCGCUUAUAAUACCCUUUGCCAAGCCCUUCCAGUACCGGCCCAAGCACGAUGACGAUGAUAGUGACUCCUCGGACAGCUACUAUCACGAAGAUCCUGUUCCAUUCUCGCGAAAAUUAUCAAUCUUCUUUACCGAAGGGACAAUUAAGCGUCUCUGAGCAUUACUUUUACAUUUAAAUUGAAAAAACCUUUUAAAUCUUACUGUACACUACUUUUCUUUUUUGUUUGCCUACAAUUUAUAUACAUAUAAAUAUACAUAAUGUAAAUACGAAUUAUAUAUAAAUAAACAUAGGUUCAUCCUAUACACACACACACUAUAAAUUUUACUAUAAGCCUUAAUGUUCGAAAACCACCAGAAUUAAGUUAAUUUGUUAUCUCAAGUGGAGGCUCCCGAAGAUUAAAAGGAUUUUAACCGACAAACACGUGCAUAUAAAGUGAAAUCAAAACUUGGAAUAAACACUCCUCCAACUAUUUGUUUAUAUAAUGUAUGGGAGAUUGUGUGAUAUGGGAAAACGUUGCUUUUAAGCUGUUUUUCCCAACAAUGUAUUUCGCUAAAAAAAAAAAACAUGUGUAUAAACACACUGCACUAUAUACAUUAAAAGAUAUACAUAUAUCAAAUAUAAUUAAUUAAAUAAACAAAACUCUUUUACUCUUAAAGAGAUAAAAGAGGAGAAAAUAUAAAGUAAAUUAAGUACAUUCAAUUAUGCGACUUUGCUAUAAAGCACUCUAAUGUUUCUUAACAAAGCCAGAGUUUGAGAUUUUUUUUUGUUCAAUAAUCUGAUCAAUUUGAUAAAUUUGAUAUAUUUGGAGAAAGGAGUUUAUGCAUUUUUGGGCUGAACAGUUUGGGAAAUGACUCAGAAUCUGAAAAUUAAUUGGGAAUCAUUAAAAACGUUCAAAAGAAAACUAAAACAAUUUACUUAUUUACUUGAAAUCAAUCGAAAAACUUAGACUAAUAAUGCUUAAGCCACACCCACAUUGUUUCUCAAUAUUGUGCGUGAAGCAUAUGAUUCAUUGAUUCAUCAAACAGUGUGGUGUGCUAAAAAAUUCAAACUGACCCACUUCUAAAUAUUCUAUUUAAUUUAAUUUCUUUUUAUCACAAUGAAUUCCCCACUAUGACUGAAAUUGCAUUAAAAACUGCAAUUGAUUAAAACAAAUAAUUACAUUAAAACAGCAAAAACUUUUACCUCAAAGUAAAGAGUUCAAACAGAGGGGAAAAAUACAAUUUCACGUGAAAUAAAAAUUACCCGCUGUUUAAACAAACUUUUUUCAUAAAAACUGUUUACAAAAGGCUCCAGUUUGUACUGAAUAUUUCCCAACUCUGGCUUGUGGGAAAAUGCAGAAAAAAGGCAAUUAAAAUAUUCCCAGGUAUUUCGCUGAUUUUUUAACUUAUUUUCCUUGUUGCAAAAAAUGAAAGGUUAGUUGGAGAAAAAAAAUUAGAUAAAUAACUGUGAUUAAAACUAAACUUUUCGAAAGGAAUACACGUUUUUGCCUUAAUUUAUUUAUGUGCAGAAUUUGACGAAUAAAUGCCGAUUAAUUGGGCAUUUUAUUGAUUUAUUUAUUUCUCAUACUAAUUAUUUUAUUGCAACUGCGUCAAUUAUUUUAACUAAAAAAAAAUAAAACAAAGUCGAGAAUAAAAUUGUUAAAAAAUGCAAAUUUAUCAUGAAGCUUUUGCUUAGGCUAGCAUUUACUAAAAUAUCGCAUAUUCCAGCAAGAAAAGUCAUUUAAUUGGCAAUUUAUUUAACAUGAAAAAUUUUAUUUCUUUGAAGCUAAAAUACUUUGUAGAAAAGAAUCUUCCUAACCUUGCUGGAAUGUCUUCAAUAAUAUAAAAUAUAACAUAUCGAAUAAAAAAAGAUUUUGUUAAAAAAAAAAGAAGAAAUCUUGUGCUUAAACUAUAAACUAAAUUGCCGCCUCUAGAACUAUUGUGGAUCGGCCUAAGAAAAAAAAUCUUCCGUUCGCCUAUUAAUUAACAAAAAUAGUUUUUAAAUUAAAAAGAAAAUUCGAAAAUAAAAGAAAAAAGAAAUUCUCUAUCCACUCAUUGUGCAUAAAUCGUAAUCACUUCAUCUAAAAUACAAUGCGUAUCAAAAAAGAAAAUUAAAAUUUAAAAAAGUGAAGAAGAUUGAAUUUAUUGUUCAGGUCGUGUGAUAAUAUUGUUUGAGAGUGCCUCAGCCUUAUUAAGAAUGAAAUUUAAAUGAAAAAUAAAAUAAACCUGAAAAAAUGGAAUGAUAAAUGAAGAAGAAAUCAUCAUUUUGUAUCAAAUUUCAGAACCAUUAAGAACAUUAAAAAAUAUUAAUCAUUCCUUGUCUUGAUAUUGUUUGUUAAUCUAACCAUUGUUCAUUGAAAAUUAAUUUUUCAUACCUUUCACAAACCUAAUUCAUGAAUUAAAUUAACAAACUCACAUUUAUGAAUUUAUAUCUACUAAUAAAACUAACUUCAAACUUAUUGCUGAUUGCUACUAAUUUACUCAAUAUGGAUUAUUAAUGUAAAAAAAAAAAUGCAUUUUAAUGGUUUUCGGGAGUGGACAAUAAAUUAAUUUUUAAAAUGUUAUAUUUCAUUGAUAUUUCAGGUCUACGAAUUGAAACGAUUGAAAUAAAACAGAUAAUUAUUUGAUCCAAAGCGAAAGAAACGAAAUUUUUGAUCAUAAUAAUAAACAAUAAAUUACAACACUAUUGCUAUUGAGACAUUGUGCCUGUUGAUAUUUUCGAUUUUUUAAAAUAAUAAAAAUGAUGAAAAAAAAUGUUACAAUAGAUUGUACUGGGCCAUAGAAGAAAAUACUACAUUUAAAAAAAAUCAAUGAUUGUGAAGAAAGUAUAAAUUUGAAAGUAAAUUUUGUUACCUAAAUUAAUAAAGGAAAAAAUAAAAUAAAACUAUUAAAAUUGUGAUUUGUUGACAAUUUUUUUUUACCUUUACUUUUUAAUAAGGAAAUGAGAAAAAAAAACGUUGAAAUUUUAAGAAAAAAAAAAGAAGCAAAAACACAAGCUUUUUGUACGAAAUUAUUACCAGCAAACGCUUAAAAUACAAAAAAAGACAUAAAAGGUAGAAAAAAUUAACAAAAAAAGACAGCUUGGGGGGAAAGCAUAAAAAUUAUGUUACUGAAUUAUGUUAAAAAUUAUAAAAAAAGAAAUAAAGGAAAUACAAAAUAUUGUUAUUUCACCAAAAAACGAAAAUAA